CCUCGCCUCGCCUUGCCUCGACUCGCCUCGCCCCACCAUCCUUCGCUCCUCCUCCAUCCGUGACGACCGUGACGCCCGCAGCUCCGGCUCCUCUCUGCUCCCCACCCACACUCGCCGCGCCGGCUCCUGCUCAGCCGCCGCGCGUGCUCACCGGCCCACGCGCGUCCCCUGCUCUGCCUGCACGCCCGUCUGCCAUCCGCCACGACCGCCGCGCGCCCCCCACCGACGCCUCCUCCGCCGGGCUGUGCCCUCUGCCUGCCAGCAUGAAGGCCUCGCUGCCGCGCACCGCCGCCUUCUCCUGGUCGCCCGCCAACCUCGCCAGCGACGAGCCGCUGCUGGCCACGGGCACCGUCGCCGGCGCGCUCGACGAGUCCUUCUCCAACGACUCGCUCCUCGAGCUCUGGGCGCCCAGCUACGGCGCCGCACCCGCCGAGCAGAAGCCGCGCGGCUCGGCCGUCGCCAGCGCGCGCUUCAACCGUCUGGCAUGGGGCAACGUCGGCGCAAAGACGCCCAUGGGCCUCCUGGCCGCCGGCCUCGACAACGGCGAGCUGGCCAUCUGGGACGCGCAGGCCGUGCUCGACGGCAGCGCCGACUCGCAGAUCAUGCGCAACACAACCCACACCGGCCCCAUCAAGGGCCUGCACUUCAACCCCAUCCAGCCGAACCUGCUCGCCUCUGGAGGCGUGUCGGGCGAGGUCUACAUUUGGGACCUGACGAACCCGACCAAGCCCUACUCGCCCGGCGCGCGCUCGCAGAAGCUCGAUGAGAUCACGGCUGCCGCAUGGAACUCGCAGGUUGCGCACAUUCUCGCGACGUCGAGCGCCAGCGGCUACACGGUCGUGUGGGACCUCAAGAACAAGCGCGAGGUCACGGCGCUCUCCUACGGCGGCGGCGCAGCGACGAGCGGCCCGGCCGGCAUGAACGGCAACGGCGCCGGCCGAAGGGGCGUGGGUGCGGUGUGCUGGCACCCGGACACGCCCACGCGUCUCGUCACGGCGUCCGACGACGACGCCAGCCCCAUCAUCAUGCUCUGGGACCUGCGCAACGCGCGUGCGCCCGAGAAGAUCCUCACGGGCCACGACAAGGGCGUGCUGGCCAUGUCGUGGUGCAAGCAGGACGCCGACCUGCUGCUCUCCUGCGGCAAGGACAACCGCACGCUGUGCUGGAACCCGCAGCUGGGCGAGGUGGUGGGCGAGGUGCCGAGCAGCAGCAACUGGUCCUUCGACGUGCAGUGGUGCCCGCGCAACCCCGCCAUGCUCGCCACGUCGUCGUUCGACGGCCGCAUCGGCAUCCACAGCCUGCAGACGACCAACGCCGAGGCGGCCGCCGACGUGCCGGCUGCCGCGCCGCCCGCCGACGGCUCCGACAUCUUCAACCUGCCCUCCGCCACGGAGCUGCCGUCCAGCCAGGGCGUCUCGCUGCGCCAGGCGCCCAAGUGGCUGCGCCGUCCCGUGUCGGCUGCGUUUGGCUUUGGCGGCCAGCUCGUCAGCGUGGCCAACCUGCCGUCUGCCGCUGGCGGCGCGCAGUCCUCCGUCGUGCACCUGCGCGACGUCAUCACUGAGCCGAGCAUCGUCUCGCGCGCCACGCGGCUGCAGGAGGCGCUCGAGGCCGACGGCCUGGCGGCCUUUUGCGACGAGCGCAGCCGCGACAGCUCGACGCGCGCCGACGACGUGGCCAACUGGAAGGCCCUGCAGACGCUCUUCACUACCGGCUCGCGCGACGAGCUCGUGGCACUGCUGGGCUUCAGCAAGGAGGACGUGGCCGAGAAGGUCGCGACCGCGAUCAACGUUUUCAAGCGCACCAGCACCACGGCUGGCAAGGGCGAUCUGCCCGCCAUCGCCGUGCAGGAGACGGCAGCCGAGGCGCCUGCCGAGCCGACCGUGCCGCCGACGAGCGAGGCUGCCGUGAGCGAGAGCACCGAGGCGACGGACGGCGACGACCUCAGCACUGGCGUCUCGAAGCUCUCCACCGAGGACAGCGAGGCGACGGAGCAGAGCCUCUUCAGCGACGACGCAGCCAACACGGCGCUGCCGCAGAGCGCUGCGGCCGACGCCGACUUCUUCAGCUCUCUCGGCGCCGAGGGACCGGCCUCUGCCAUCCCCGACCACCUGCAGCGCGGCAGCGCCCUGCCCGGCAGCAGCGUUGCCGCCACGGCUGGCUCGCCUGGCCCCUCUAGCGUGGCGAGCGAGCCGCAGAGCCGCAGCACGUUCCGCAUCUACCCCAGCGAGGAGGGCGAGGCGGAGCGUCUGAUCACGCGUGCCAUCGUGCUGGGCGACUUUGAGAGCGCCGUCAGUCUCUGUCUCUCGACGGACCGCUUCGCCGAUGCGCUGCUGCUGGCCGUGCGCGGCGGACCUGAGCUGCUGGCACGCACGCAGAAGGCCUACUUUGAGCGCCGCACGACGAGCCUGCCGUACCUGCGUCUCUUCCAGAGCAUCGUCAGCGACGACCUCACCGACGUGGUGCAGAACGCCGACCUGACCGAGUGGCAGGAGAUCUUCGUCGUGCUCUGCACAUUCGCCAAGGCCGAGGAGUUCGCCGGCCUGGCCGAGCAGCUCGGCCAGCGCCUCGAGUACCAGUACACCAAGAGCAGCCGUGGCGAGGCACAGCGCGAGCUGCGCAAGAACGCCGUGCUCUGCUACCUGGCGGCCGGCAAGCUCGAGAAGGUGGCGGGCAUGUGGAUCGACGAGAUGCGCGAGGAGGAGUCGGCGCUGCAGACCGGCGAUGCCUCGUCGGCCGCAGCCGAUGGCAGCCUCUACUCUGCGCAUGCGGAGGCUCUGCAGACGUUCAUGGAGAAGAUUACCGUCUUCCAGGCGGCCGUCAAGUACGUCGACGUCGACCUUGCCGCGCCGACGCAGGAUGCAGAGGCCGCCGCCAGCGGCGCGCGCACGUACAAGCUCGCCAGCCUGUACGACCGCAUCCACGAGUACGUCACGCUGCUCUCUGAGCAGGGCCUGGUCGGCCCUGCCCUCAAGUACGCCAGCCAGACGCCCUCGGACUACGCACCGCGCUCUGCCGAGCCGUCGCGCAGCUCGGCCACUGGCCUGGCGCGCGAGCGUCUGGUGCUCGCCGACGCCGCACGCAACAAUGGCCGUGGCGCUGCUGCCGCUGCUGCUGCUUCCACGUCCGCCGCUGCGGCGCUCAGCAACGGCGCAGGCUCGUCGACGAGCUACGCCCCCGCGCCGAACGCCUACGCUGCGCCAGCUGCCAACGCGUACUCGGCGUCUCCCUACGCCGCGUACCCUGCCGCCGCUGCGCCCGUCGCCGCUGUGGACCCGUACGUGGCGCAGAACCCGUACUACACGCCUGCGCCGCCGCUCCAGCCUCAAGCUCAGCAGCAGCAGCAACAGGCGCAGCCGCAGCAGCCGCAGCAGAGCUAUGGCGCAUACGCUCCGACAAAUGCCUAUGCGCCCGCGCAGCCUAUGGUCUCUGCUCCUGCGCCGCCGUCGAUUGGCCAGCUCGGGCAGCCUCCCAGCGUGCAGCUGCCGCAGAUGACGCCUGCCGGUGGGCCUUCGAGUGCAGCACCGCCGCCGCCGCCGCCUAAGCGCAGCAACGACGGCUGGAACGACAUUCCCGAGGCGCUGGCCGCUGCCACACGCCGCACUGGCUCUGCGGCCGCGCAGAAGGCGGCGCCCAUCAUGAGUCCCUUCCCCAACAGUCCCGCGCCUGCGCCCGGGCAAUACGGGCAGCCGCCGCAGCCUGGCGCAGGCCUGCCGCCGCCGCCGCGAGGCGCUACUCCGGGCGGUGGUCCUGGCCGCGGUGCGUUCAGCCCGCCUCCCGGUCAGGGUCCCUACGGCCGGCCUCCUGGACAGCAGCAGGCUCCGCCGCCGCCGCGUGGUCCGCCGCAGGGCCCGCCGCCGCCGCGUGGCGCCAGCGCCGCGGGCAUGCGUGGCCCGCCGACGGGAGCGUACGCUCCGGCGCCCGGACAGGUCAAUGCGCCGCCGCCGCCGAUGCCCGGCAUGGGCGGACCUGGGCAGUCGAACUUCCCGGGACAGCAGCCGCAGCAGGGCAUGCCUCCGCAAGGCCAGCAGCAGCAGCAGAGUCCUCCUGGGCCCUACGGCGCGCCGCAACAGCAGCAGCAGCAGGGCCCGCCGCCGGGCAUGCACAACAUGCACGGACACCCCAGCAUGCAGCAGGGUCCGCCGGGCGCUCGUCCCCCGCAGGGCCCCGGUGGCACCAUGAUGCCGCCUGCCGGAGUGCCGCCGCGUGCGCACACGCCCGGCGCCGGAGCGGGCGCGCCUGCUCGCUCGAGCACGCCUGCCAAGCCUGCGACCAAGUACCCGGCCGGCGACCGCUCGCACAUUCCCGACGCGCAGCGGCCCAUUGCCAAUGUGCUCGGCGCGACGCUGGCACGCAUCAAGCAGGCGGCGCCGCCGGCGCAGAAGCGCAUGAUGGAGGACGCCGAGCGGCGCAUCAACGUGCUGCUCGACCACCUCAACUGCGGCACGGUGGAUGCGCGCAUGAUCCCGCUGCUGCUCAAUCUCGCCCAGGCGAUGGACGCGCGAAACCAGCAGGCUGCGCUGGGCCUGCAUCUGCAGCUCGCCUCGAUUGCCUCGGGCGAGCUGGCGACGGCGAUGCCCGGCAUCAAGCUGUGCAUCACGCGCAUGGCCUAGGCGAGAAAACGUGGGUCCUAGGCGGCCCGAGACGGCGGCCCCGGCGGUGCGGCCCCAGCAGCCGCAAGCGCCCCUGUGCACACGCCCAAGCUCGCUCUGCGAUAGACGCCUCCCCGCAAACCCCCCUCCCCUUCCCUUCUCUCUAUGUCUUGAUCAUGCCCCGCUGCUACUCGAAAUACGAACCGUCGAAGCCAU